AUGACAACAACAUCAGUCUCAUCGGAGCCACUUUCCUCCAACUAUCUUUCCAGCUAUACGUCUUCCACUUCAUUCCACAGUUUUCCUCGACGACAAUCCAUAUAUGGCACUGAAGAUCGCGUCGUGCUUGAUAUUGGUUCCUUGUACAUCAAGUGCGGUUUCUCAGGAGAGUCUCAUCCAAGGCACGUUGUGUCUACAUGUUCAAGGCUACAGCAAUCAGUCGGUCGAGAGGGGGAGUCUUAUCGAAUGGACGACGAGCCUGCCGAACUCUACGACCUUGACUUUACGAUGAAAAGCGAUCUUGCACAACUUGAAGAAAAGCUCAAGCGAUUAUUGCAUGAUAUCUAUUACCGAUUGCUGUUGACAGAUCCAAAGUCCCGCAAAGUAGUAUUGACAGAAUCCCCAUUGGCUCCAAUUGCCCUUAAGAAUACCUUGGCCGAUUUGUUAUUUCACCAUUUCCAAGUGCCUUCUAUCUCUUUUGUCCCUACACAUUUGAUGGCGUUAUUGACAACAGGAACAACCACUGGUUUGGUGAUAGAUUGUGGAAAUUUGGAAACGAGUAUACUUCCUAUCUAUGCAGCGCGUCCACUUAUACCUCAUAUCACUACUACACCACUUGCAGGGCGCGCUAUUGGCCAGCGAUUAAAGUCCUUAUUGCUCGAGCAUGCACGAUAUAUACCUCCUUCACAUCUACACACCUCAUUGGCACCCCACACAGCCGUUCCUGAAAGCACCCUCACUUUUGAAGUGAUUGAAGAUAUCAAAGCCACUGUUCUUUUCUGUUCUCCUCUUCUUGUCAGUAUAGAACAACAGAAUGAUACAAUUACCGCCUACAAGAACUUAAGCAGUGCUACGGAUACGUACUACCCCUUACCAUUGAAGGAUGGCACCAAUGCUACCUUAUUGAUACCAGGUUGGAUCCGUGAACGUGCAGCCGAUGUUUUGUUCGAAGGAAGCGAUGAAGAUGAACCAAGCAUUACACACAGCGUACUAGACGCAAUGCUAAAGGUGCAACCUGAUCUUCGCAAACCUCUGAUGCAGUCAUUGCUCGUCAUUGGUGGUACAAGCAUGCUACCAGGAUUUCACUCGAGACUGAAACAGGAACUACUACGCGUAAUGAGGGAUCCAACGACUUAUGAACGAAAGCGAUAUGGCAGCUUACUCGGUCUUCAUAAAUGGGUGCUCUUUGUUGAUCGGUCAGAGAACAAUCCUGGUGCUGGUCGUAUAUUUAUGAACAAUAUUCGAGGCUGGAUUGGGGGAUCCUUAAUGGGAUCACUCAAACUCUCUGUAGAAGAGAUUGUCCGGGAAAAGUAUAAGGGUACCAUCACCGACUGGUCGCUUAAUCGCUGGGGAUCUUCCACGUCGUCGAAUACUGCUGAUUAA